AUGAUUAAUUGGCGACAAUUAUACAAUGAAUCACAGACUAUUCAACCUACAGAUAGUAAUAUUUCAACUGAACGUAUCAAUCGUUUGGUAAAUAUAUAUAAAAAUGAUAUGGUUGAACAAGAUCUUCAUCAAUAUGCUCAACGUUUAUCUAGGUUUGUUCAUUGUUGUCAAACAUGUACACCAAAAAGUUAUACGAUAUAUAAAUGGCUUGACACAUAUAUAUCAGGAAAUAAAAGUCUUUUCGAUUUUCGUUUGUCAGGACGAUCAGUAUCAGCUUUAGUUUAUUAUUGGAACAAAACUUUAUUAAAACAAUGUAAUGAACGUGGUCAAUUAUCUGAUUUUGAACAAAAUAAAGAUGUUCUUUUUUCUCCUUUUGAGAAAAAUAUUUCACCAAUAUUUAUAUGUUUUAUACAUGAAGAUAAUAAUCUUCGUCAAUUAUUUUGGACAUUUCGUCAUUUAAUUACAAUAUUUAAUUGGCCAUUAACAACAAAAAUCUUUUCAAAUUGUUCAUUUGAAACAUGUUCAAUAUUUGAACGAGUAAUGGCAAAUUAUCUUGGUUUUAUUGAUUUAUCUACAUUAAAUCUAAAUCAAAAUAAUCUCUUUUGUUAUCUUUAUCGAUGUUUAAAAACCUGUCAUCAAAAUGGACCGAUCAUUUUUAUUUUUGAUUAUUCAACUAUUUUUACACCAAAAUUUUGUGAUUAUUAUUUAAUGUCUUUUCUAUGUGAUUUAAUUCGAUUUGAUUUAUCAAUACCAGAUGUGAUUUUAAUUCCAAUUCGUUUACAUAAAUCAUAUUUAUCAUUUAAUCAACCAUUUUUAUUUAAAGAAUUAGUUGAAUUUUUUAUUAAAAAAAUGAAUAUUCAAACACGAUUUUGUGAAGUAAUCAAAAGUGAACAACAAAAACUUAUUUACAAAUUUAUUGAUUGUAUCUUUCUACAUCUUGCAUAUGAUACAAAUCAACUCGUUUCAACUACAAUUGAAUUUCAACAUAUAAUCGCGUCCAUUGAAUUAUGUCAAAUACCAAGCAAUCUGUCAACAACAGUAGAAACUAUUUACAAUACUCUUCAAACUAUUCUUAAAACAUGUCCAUUUAUUAUAAUGGACGAUCAUAAGUGGAAUGAAAUAACUCGUCAACAUAUUGAACAAUAUUAUUUAAAAUUAGAUACAUAUGAUUCUAAAUCAAAAUUAAUCUCAAUAAUACGAAAAGAAUAUUUUCUGGAUAUUUUAGCAGCAUUAUCAAUACUAUCAAAAGUUCAACAUAAUGAAAAUUUUCCACGUAUAUUUGAAUUUGAGAUAUUUAAUCAAAUAGCAUUUCUUCUAUUUACAUUUGGUAAUAAACAAUAUUUAAAUAUACGUUCAUGUCAAAAUAUUCAUCAAAAUAUUCAACAAAUAAUACAACAUUGUCAAUCAAGAAAUUAUAUUUCAAUAACUUAUAUUCCACAAAAAUCAAUGCGCUUUCGUGAUACUAUUUUAUCAGAUCAUGAAUGGAGUGAUGAUGAUAAUGAUGAUGAUGAUGUAAUGGAUGAUGAAUUUGUUGAUCAUGAUAAUGAUAGUGAUGAUGGUGGUGACGAUGAAAUUAUCAUAAAUGAUUUAUCAAAUAAAAUUUCAGAAACAAUAAAAUUAUCCUAUCGGAUUAAUUAUCAUGAAUAUCAUUUUCAAUUGAAAUUUUUUGCUAAAUUAUUUGGUUCUUAUAUUGAAGCAAUUGUCUAUAUAUUAAAAUAUCAUAUUGAUAAACAAAUGAAAUCUUUUACAUUAGAACAAUUCAAUUUUAAUCAAUCAUUCUAUUUUCGUGAAACAUCUUAUCUAAUUUCUAAUGAUGUACUUUCAUUUGUACGUCGAGCAUAUACAUAUCGAUCAAUAGAACAUUUCAAUACAUCUGACGAUAUACUGACAUUUUUUGAAACAAUAGAUGAUCCUAUAAAUCCAUUAUUAAUAGACAAUCUUGUAGCACUUCAUAAUGAAUUUGUUAAACUAUUAAAUUGUUGUUGUAGUGAACUUUAA